UAAGGAAUCACUAACAAGUGACAUUGACGUAAGUCAAUGUCUAGAUUCACAUAUUACAGUAAAUUAUCUUAUAUUAUGCUUUUUAUCGAAUAAUACUUAUAUAAUUUCUUGUAGAAAUAAACAUUAAAUCUUCAGACAAGAUGUUGAAAUUCGGUAUAAAAUCAGCAAUUCUAGGAUCAGCCGUUUAUUAUACCAUUGAUAAAGGUGUAUGGAAGGAUAGCGCAACAACAAACGAACUUUACGAAGAAUUAGAAAAGGGGGUGUCUCCUUAUGUAGGAGAAUUCAAAAAGCAAAUUCCUUAUGAGCUACCUCCUCUGCCCUCAAAUGACCGGUUGACAUAUUUAUUUAAAUAUUACUGGAACAGUGGAGUUAAGGCUACAUUUACCUUUCUAGUUGAUUUUCCAACUCACGCAUCUAAUGCAGCAACGAAAUCCUAUAAUUACAUUUCUGCUGCAUUAGAACCUGUUGAACCAAGCCCUACCACUAGUCAAGAAAAGGCAAAAUGAAUUUUUAAGUAAUUUAUUGAUAUGUCACUUGUUAAAUUAUUAAAAUAAAUAUGAGAUAAAAUUAGUUAUUAAA